ACAAGAGUCGAGACUGGCGAUCCGAUUAUGGCCGAGUGACGACUACUAUCACCCCAAUGCGAUUCGGAUUAAGAGUUGGGACAUUUUAUCAGUUUAUUUCCACGUGUUUCCAUGGUUCAUACAGACUGUAGUGAACUUGUAGUUUUUAAUAUUUUCAUUAUUAUUUCCGAACUAGAAAUUACGGCAUAAUUAAAAAUGAAGUUUAAAACGGUGAUUUAUCUUCUGCUCAUAAUAAGCUCAUCCAAACCUGGACAUUCAUUUGAGAAUAUAACUCAGAGAGUAGAAACUUCAAGAACCGAUGAUCAUCCAUAUAAAAUAUCUCUUAAAAAUUAUGAUCCAUCAGAAUUUAAAGCUCAAGCAUUUACUCAACGCAGUUCCCUUUCUGCAAAAGACAACGUUACAUUUACAAUUACCGACAUCCCUGAUCUUGUUUCCUUCAUGAUUGUUCAAAUUCACGCUUUUGAGAAGAACGUAUCAAUGUAUUAUACUGGGAAUUCAGAAAAACCUUUGAAGGAUAUUAUAUUUGGUAGCAAUAUUGGUCUAUUUGUUGAUACAAGUGCGAAAUCGUCUAUUGAUAUUCAUGUGGAGAAUUACAACACAGAAAUUGUCAAAGUUCUUCUUGUUGUCGUCGCUUAUUCCAGUGAAGCACCUAUUCCUGGAGGCUGUAACAUGGAAUUUAAACCGGAGAUAUCUCCCUUCCAAAAACUGAUCGUUACGGAUGCGAUCGUCAUUGUUGAUGCGCAGCCGUCUUCGUCCUCAAAAAACAAGCAAACGAUUUGUGAAAAAAGUUUUGUUCAGCAUGAAGCUUACCGCUUAUACUUGCCUGCACAAGAUUUUAAUAGUGAAAGUUAUUUCUCAGCAAUAGAAAAGAUGUUGACACCUGAAGAAAUCGUGAAACACGCCGAAAAAAUUCCAGCCUCAUCUACUGGAUCCUCACUGAGAAGAGUGUUUAGUGCAUAUUCGGGUACUGGAUCUGCAUAUGCAAUGGUAGCAACAUAUAAAAAUCAUUCUGCUGCAUAUGUUCCAGCUUUUACUUACGCUUGUACUAAUUCUUUCGAGAUAGAUGGUUGCACAAUGUUGCCUAAUGGAAUUGCGAAGACAACCUGUCUUUUGAUGAUCUUUCUGGGAAUAUAUCUGACCUUUAUGGGACACAGGAAUCCAAAGACAACUAUUUUCCUCUUCUCCUGUUUGGGAGGUGGACUUAUUGGAUAUAUUUGUGCACUGCAUGCAGGCUCGCACAGUGCCUCAAACACUUUGUGGAUUGCCAUUGGGACUGGUUUAGCAAUAGCGUGUGUUUGGCAAAUCUUUACGUACUGCCUUAGCAAGGAAACCUCAAAACUUUUCGCUGUUUCGUUCUUUGCAUUUUUUUGUUCUUGUAGCACCUACUACAAGUUUCCAGGUAUACACCGUAAAAAAUAAUCGUAAUUUUUCCAUACGUAAGUAUGGCAUUUUUCCCAUACAUUAGAACAUCCCAUACAAGCAUGGAAAUUUUCCGUUGUUCACUUGUAAAUCUCCCAUACACGUCAAGAAUUCCGUACACUGGUAUUAGAAAACUUCCAGGCAUGUAUGGAACUUUGAUGCGCGGCUACAGAAUGCGCAGCUGAGUCAAGCGCGCAUGUGCUGUAACCAUGGCGAAUGGGGGAGAAGGAGCAG